CAAUUUAUGAAGAUCCUAAUAAUCAUCUUACAUGGCCAAAAGUUUUAAUUGUGGAUAAAAGCACUGAAUAUCUAGGUGAGUAUAGAGAUUUAUUACUUAGUCAUGGUAUAAAAAUUAUACAAGCUAAAUCUAAAUAUAGUACAUCAAUAGCUGAACGUGAUCACCAAGAAUUUAAGAAACAU